GCGAGCGGCAUGGAGCGCGUAAUAAGAGAGUUGGAGUCGGAAAGAGCCGCCCCAGUCGCCGGGGAAGCGGGCGGUCAGUACGGGCUCCCGCGGCCCCGAGGCUCCGAGCGACCGCCCCCGGUCCCCGCACGGCCCCGGCCCGGCCCCUAGCCCCCGCCGCCCGCGUGCGCGCCCAGGGUCGCCUCGCCGGCCCGGGGUUCGAGCCAUGCGCCUCUGAGCAGCCCGAGUGCGCCCCCGCCCCGCAACGCCCCGGCCCCCUGCCCGGCGCCGCCCAUGGCCGAGGCCCCCCCGCGCCGCCUCGGCCUGGGCCCCCCGCCUGGGGACGCCCCCCGCGCCGAGCUGGUGGCGCUCACCGCCGUGCAGAGCGAACAGGGCGAGGCGGGCGGGGGCGGCUCUCCGCGUCGCCUGGGCCUUCUGGGCAGCCCCCUGCCGCCGGGCGCGCCCCUCCCUGGGCCGGGCUCGGGCUCGGGCUCCGCCUGCGGCCAGCGCUCCUCCGCCGCUCACAAGCGCUACCGCCGCCUGCAGAACUGGGUCUACAACGUGCUGGAGCGGCCCCGCGGCUGGGCCUUCGUCUACCACGUCUUCAUAUUUUUGCUAGUCUUCAGCUGCCUGGUGCUGUCCGUGCUGUCCACUAUCCAGGAGCACCAGGAACUUGCCAACGAGUGUCUCCUCAUCUUGGAAUUCGUGAUGAUUGUGGUCUUUGGCUUGGAAUAUAUAAUCCGCGUCUGGUCGGCUGGCUGCUGUUGCCGCUACAGAGGAUGGCAGGGCCGCUUCCGCUUCGCCAGGAAACCUUUCUGUGUCAUCGACUUCAUCGUGUUUGUGGCCUCCGUGGCGGUGAUCGCUGCGGGCACACAGGGCAACAUCUUUGCCACGUCCGCGUUGCGCAGUAUGCGCUUCCUGCAGAUCCUGCGCAUGGUGCGUAUGGACCGCCGCGGCGGCACCUGGAAGCUGCUGGGCUCGGUGGUCUACGCGCAUAGUAAGGAGCUGAUCACCGCCUGGUACAUCGGGUUCCUGGUGCUCAUCUUCGCCUCUUUCCUCGUCUACCUGGCUGAGAAGGACGCCAACUCCGACUUCUCCUCCUAUGCUGACUCGCUCUGGUGGGGGACGAUUACACUGACGACCAUUGGCUAUGGGGACAAGACACCACAUACAUGGCUGGGCAGGGUUCUGGCUGCCGGCUUCGCCUUACUGGGCAUCUCCUUCUUUGCCCUGCCUGCUGGCAUCCUGGGCUCUGGCUUUGCCCUGAAGGUCCAGGAGCAGCAUAGGCAGAAGCACUUUGAGAAGCGGAGGAUGCCAGCAGCCAACCUCAUCCAGGCUGCGUGGCGCCUGUACUCCACGGACACGAGCAGGGCCUACUUGACAGCCACCUGGUACUACUAUGACAGUAUCCUCCCAUCCUUCAGAGAGCUGGCCCUCUUGUUUGAGCACGUACAACGGGCCCGCAAUGGGGGCCUACGGCCCCUGGAGGUGAGGCGGGCGCCAGUACCUGAUGGAGCGCCCUCUCGCUACCCGCCCGUUGCCACCUGCCACCGGCCGGGCAGCACCUCCUUCUGCCCUGGGGAAAGCAGCCGGAUGGGCAUCAAAGACCGCAUCCGAAUGAGCAGCUCCCAGAAGCGGACAGGUCCCUCCAAACAGCACCUGGCACCUCCGCCGAUACCCACCUCACCAAGCAGUGAGCAGGUGGGUGAGGCGUCCAGCCCCAGCAAGGUGCAGAAGAGCUGGAGCUUCAAUGACCGCACCCGCUUCCGGGCUUCUCUAAGACUCAAGCCCCGCAGCUCUGCUGAGGAGGGCCCCUCGGAGGAAGUAGCUGAAGAGAAGAGCUACCAGUGUGAGCUCACGGUGGAUGAUGUCAUGCCUGCUGUGAAGACAGUCAUCCGUUCUGUCAGGAUUCUGAAGUUCCUGGUCGCCAAAAGGAAAUUCAAGGAGACCCUGCGGCCUUACGAUGUGAAGGAUGUGAUCGAGCAGUACUCCGCGGGGCAUCUGGACAUGCUGGGGCGGAUCAAGAGCCUGCAAGCUCGGGUGGACCAGAUCGUGGGUCGAGGGCCUGGAGAUCGCAAGUCUAGGGAGAAGGGCGAUAAGGGACCUUCGGACACGGAGGCAGUGGAUGAAAUCAGCAUGAUGGGGCGCGUAGUCAAGGUGGAAAAGCAGGUGCAGUCUAUCGAGCACAAGCUGGAUCUGUUGCUGGGCUUCUAUUCGCGCUGCCUACGCUCUGGCACCUCGGCCAGCCUGGGUACCGUGCAAGUGCCGCUCUUUGACCCCGACAUCACCUCGGACUACCACAGCCCUGUAGACCACGAGGACAUCUCCGUCUCGGCACAGACGCUCAGCAUCUCUCGCUCAGUUAGCACCAACAUGGACUGAAGGGCUUCUCAGGGGCUGGGCAGCCUUCCGUCUGCCCCUUGGACUCACCCCGAGGCCUCUGGACUCCUCUCUUACUUGAACUCGCUCCCUGGCAGGGAGAGAGGCCAUACACAGUAUUGAGCUGUCUGGGUGGGCAAGAUACCCGAUGCCAGGUACCGGCGCCCCAGAAGCACGAAAUGCCAGGUCACAUGGUGGGCCGCAGCAGUGGCUGACUGGAGGCCUCUGGACACUCCAGGACCCUGCUGGCUCCAUCAAGGUUCAGUAUGGCCCACCUGGCAGCAGGAGCUCUGUCCCAGGAAUGGGAGCAGGGCGCUGAGGUCCUGGUCCCUGAACCAGCUUCUAGCUAUGCAAGGUGAGGUCUCCAGGCCCGCCCUUCCAGACAGAGCAGGGAAGCCCUCCUGCCAAGCCCUGCCCCACUCGGGGAUGGGCCCAUGGUGCCCCUAUAGGUGCCCACAAAGCACAGGACUCUGCCAUAAGGUAGAUGGGCACCAAAUAUGCAAACUAUGUUAAAUAUGCAACUUUGGGGACCCCCGUGGGGUUCCUCUGCCCCUCCCCGGCUGGGAGAUGGGCCCCAGCAGUAGCUGGUCUCAGGCUGUUUGGCCAUACCCAACAUCCAUUCUCCGGCUUAUCAUCCACCCCCACCCAGCAUGGGGCCUAAAUCUCCCUGUCCUCUCCCAAGAAUAGUACCUAGGCCUUUCUGCCCCUUUGCAGGUGUGACCCCAGGGGCUCCCUCUUGCUGCUGGAUGUCCACUCCUACUGGCCCUCCAGACAGCUUUGACAGCCAGCACAAGGUCCUGUAUUUUCCCCAGACAUACCAGACAAUGGCCGCCGCCACACAAGCAUGGCCCUUUCAUCUCUCCAGCAGAAUGCCUCCUCACGCAGUGAUGCACACAACCACCCACACUCGGAGGCAUGAGCACAAAGUCACUUGGUCUCCUGGGCAGGGGAGGGAGCAUCCACAGGUCUUGCUCCCCGAUAGGAGUUCAGGAGUCCACUGGCUGCCCUGAAGACUACGUUGGCAUCCCCACAGCAUAACUCAGGCCUGCCCCUCCAGUUCUGGCACACCACUGGAGAGAACCCACGCGCGCCCUCCUCCUAGUCCCGGAGAGUACACACUAGCCAGUGCUAUACCAACUGCAACUUGCUCUCACCUGCACUGGCCUCUGCCCCAUUUUCACACUCCCGUUGGCAGUGCUGCACAUUGGCACAAACGCCCAGACGCCGCAGGCCCCAGCACCAGCUUCAGGUCCCCCACCCUUUCGUUCCUCUUCUGCAAGGUCAACUCAGGUGGCAAGAGAGCGAGGGGUGUUGGACCAGUGAUAACACUCCGGGGGUGCUUGGGAGCAAGGGGCUGAGGCCGAGCUGUCUGCAUCUCAUCCUGGGGCCUGCAUGUACCAGUGCCAGGGCUUGGGUUGAAUCUCAUUCAGUCCUAUGGUGCCCAAUCUCUGCCCUACCAUCUGCAUGGACCAUCAUGCUCUGGAGCCCAUCCUGGCUCGCCUCACUUGCAUCGCACUGUCCCCAGAGAGCCACUCCGCCCCCCACCCCCAGCGACUGAGCUGCCCAGAGGGGCUGGAGAGUAAGGUUACCCUGUGACCAAAGGAGACAGGAAAGAAGCCCUCCCUCCUUCCACGAUCGAGGUUCCCCCACCAACCCGGUUCUCAGAUAUGCAAG